CACGUGAUACAACUUCAAGUAAGACUGCUGGGUAUAGCAAAGAUUUCGGACAGUGAGCCUCUCCCAACAACUUCCACAAUGCGAGCCCUGCUGACCUGUUUCUGCCUCCUGGUGCUCCUCGUCUGCAUCUCCGCCGACCUGCUGGCCACGUUGAAGAUGAUCCACAAGUCCCCUGCCUUCCACCAACUCCCCCCUUCCGAGCAGGUACUCCUGGUGGAGCUGAUGGCCGAGGCGGAGGCUGACCAGCUGCACGCGUACGUCAACCACAUCGGCAUGGACCGCCUCAUCGCCAUGAUGGCCCAUUUGCCCGAGCAUGAGGCUAGCCUCCUCUUGAAAUACCUGAAUGCUGAGCUCCAGCAGGAGAGUCACCAUGGCAACUAGAUACAGAAUGAGUUAAGGAAAAGCUCGUUGCAGUGUCAGUAAAACCAUCUUUGAAAAAUA